CAAGCGUUAUUAGUCGUGCGCUCGCUACACGGAGACUCAGUUUCGGAAAAUCAAUCGAGAUUGUGCGAUCACAGUAUGAACGGUGUGAUUUUUUCAUGUGCUUCAUGUGAAUAAUAUAAUUCCUCUCUCAGCGAAAGUGGAAUGAAUAAAGUUUCAAAAUUUAAUUUCCGUGCGCAUAUCACUUGGAUGCCAAUUUUAAAUCGACUUUUAGUAUUAAAGUUGUCGCUGUUUUUUCCUUCUUUUUUUUCGCUUUGCUAUUUUUAUCAUUUUCUUUGAUUAAUGAAAAUUGUAGAUAUUUGAAAAUUGAAAGUAAAUGACUGUUGAAUCGAGUGAAGGAAAAAAAAAUCGAGAAAAAAAAGAAUUGUGCUAAUUGUGGUGUGUAAAAGUGUGUAAAAAUAGUUUUUGCUUUCUCCCGGGGCGAAGAGUAAUCAUAUCAAUUUGGAUUAAUAUAUAAUGAGUAAUCUUAAUGGAACAUCGAAACCGAACUCUGCGAACGUUUUCCUACGAAAUACACGAACAAUGCCACAAUGGCUGAGUGAAUCUAACAACAAUCAAAUCGGACCGAGACCUCCAGCACCGCCAAUAUCUAAUGGCACGAAACAACCAUCCAUACCACCGAAGAAAAUACAACCGGAUCCCGAUUAUGAAAUAAUUGAAUUUUCGGGACAACAGUACACAAAUGCCGUACCGUUGAAAAUUUCAACGUCCAAAGCAAUCAAAUGUGACAUGUGUGGAUCGGUGCAACCGAAAGUACGUUGCGAGCAGUGCAACAAUCAAAUUUUUUGUGGUUCAUGUGACGAUAUGUAUCACAGACAUCCCAAGCGUAAAGCCCACAUACGCAAGAUUAUCGAAAUUCCACAACAGCAAAAUAUAAAACCUCCGUUGCCGCCGAAAGGUGAAGUUCCUCUACCAGUCGCACCGCCUCGUCGAAACAAAAAGGGAAUUUUCGAUAGUGCUGGCAGAAAGGAUCAGGUCACAACGAGUCAGCAUCCUCAACCACCGCCCAGUCCAUCAUUAUCGUUGCGUGAACGCAUGGGAUCGCUGAAGCGUAUGAUAAAUCCUGGAGGUCGACCACUGCCAGACACCCCAAAUGCUCCUCUUUCAAAAUCAGGUUCGCGACCCACAACACCGAAUCCGUUUGAUUCAGUUCCGAAACCACAGUCCCUAACCAUGGAACGAAUAAAAAACCAAACUUCUGCCACAUUGGACCGAAUGGCUCAACUACAAGAGCGUUACCGUCAGCAUCAAGAAAUAAUGAAAAGUGGUGGCGAGUCAUCACGACGAAAUAGUAAUUCAUCCCAAAUCGACGAACAGUCGUCAGUCAAUAGAAAUAGGUACCCCGAUUUUUCUGGCAUCCCUUCCGAUCAAUGGUCUAAUUGUUCGUCGAAUCGACUGCGAACAGGCAGCAUGUCAUCUGGCAUGAAUAAUAUGUUAUUCCAAAGACCGCCCAAUGGAAUGAAUAAAUUUAAUGUACAGGAUGGAACACCACCGCCUAGACCGAAUAAUAUGAGUGCAUCUGUGUUCGAUCUGAAUCAUGCUGGGAAAAUGGGACAACGGCCUCAACACUUUAACAAUGGGUUCAAUCCAACGGUGGCACCUAAUGCUCCAUCCCACGGAAGCUGCAUGAAUUGCAGUCAGCAACAGCUGCAUCAAUGGAACCAUCAGAUGGCUCCAAACCCAUUGUGGGAAUCUCAGAUUCGUCAAUUAAAUGGUUCAAAUAUGAGUUUAAAUCUACCACCACAAGGAUUCUAUCCACAGCAAGUGGGAUGGACCCCAAGCAUGUAUCCGUAUCCAGUCGGCAUGAUUCCUGUUAUUAAUCAAGGACUGCCCAAUCAAGUCAGAUCAAGAGCACCAUCGCGUAAUCAGUCCAGAGCAGCAUCCCCAGCGUUAAGCGUUCGCUCCAAGAAAUCGGUAAUGUCUGCACGUCAUAUAAACCGAAAUUUUAUCGAACAUGAACUGACGGAUGACGAGGAUUCCGAAAGUGAUGGUUACGUUGACGACUUCAGGUCACUGCGUGGUAGACGCGAAAGUUCUGCUAGAUCCACUGCGUCACGACGAAGUCGACAAAAUUCUACACAGAGCAGCGUUGAUAUGGAAGACGAUAGCGAGACAUUCGCACGCGGAAACACAAAACCAUCUUCACGUCGAGAAGUUAGAAGAAGCAACUCAUUGGCCAGAUCAGUGCAAAACAAUUGGUCAUCAGCAAAGCCAAAUGGAAGAAAUAGGGAAGGUCCAAUCGAUUUCCCAGAACCGGCUAUUCCAAUUGAAAGUAGAAGGACUGUCUACGAUUCGCCUUUAACGCCAGACUCUGAAUCCGAAACUGGAACAAGGGCACUCGUUCAGGCUAAAAUACGUGAAAAAUUGGCUCAACAGUCGUCAAUGGAUGAAAGCUCCAGUGAUUUUUGGAAGCCAAAUACAACGUCAAACAAUAUUAGGACCACUUCCACAACGAACAAUGCCCCGCCACCAAACUUAAAUGGUACACAAACAACACGGCAAACAGAAAACGAAGAAUUGAGUCCUGAAUCAGUUCCAGAUACAGCACCAACAGGUCCUCCGCCUCGUGCUCCAGAUCAUCCAUGGGAAUGCGAAUUCUGUACUUUUGUGAACGAACCGCAGACGACAAUUUGUACAAUCUGCUGUAAAACACCCACGAGUGAGCCAAUUAAAGUUCCCGACGAGCAAAUUUCCCAUUCAACAAUGCCCGUUGAGCCACCACCGUUGCCAAAGAAAUCACCACCUAAAGAUAGUGCGAAAGCAUCACCGCCCAAAGUGGAAGCAAAAUCAUCGAUAAUAGCAACACCAAACAAAUCGAAGACCACAUCGUCAUCGGAGGAUAAUACGAGCCAUUCAAAAUCAAAAGGAUCGGUGGAUGAUGCAUGGACGUUUGCCGAUGAGUUACAAGAUCAAAUUUAUUCCAAUGGCAUGAAUGUUGAACGCAGUCCGAUGAGAGACAGUGAGCGAGUCAGUGAGAAUGGUAAUGCGAGUAAAGUCUCAACCAGAAGUGUACCUUCUUCGCCGAUAGAAAUCCGAAAAAAGAUUACACCUCCUCCACCGCCUCCGAAAAGAACCAUGUCUACAGGAACAUCGCCACCGCCGCAAAGUAUUUCGACACAGACAUACGACAUACUUCCUGCCCACAAAGAAAUGAUCGAACAGCAAACUGAGCCUAUGGAAGACCGCUUCACACAGAACUCAAAUGUCGACAACAAUCACAGUACAUUUUCGCAAGCUAUUCAGACUCAAACGAACAAACCGUCGCGGCUAUCACGCUCGCAGAGUAGACACAGUUUCUACGAUGAUAAUCAGAAUUUUUCGGUAACGCCGCCAAGAGAAUUCAGUCCAACACCAAAAUUUGCCAACAAUAAAAAUAUGCUGGACGAUGAGAUAGUAGCCUAUAUUGACCGGAGCUUACAGAGUUAUAAAGAUGGAAACGCGUACCGGCAACAGACUGAGCGAUACAGUAGCUCGAACGAUCUAAAUCAAAAUGAUUUUUAUUAUGAGCACAAUCGACGCAAUUCAAACUUUGAUGACUAUGAUCGGCACCACAAUUACACACCAAGAAAUGAUGGAUUUGCUACACCCAAAAAGACACGUACUCGUCUAACGAGCGAAAGUAACGCUAGCGUAGAACUUGUUCGCUUAUUGCGGGAAGCCGAGCAAAAUCGAUUCACUGCUGAAGAACUUCAAGCAGCGCUGACUCACUGUGGAAAUCAAAAUCCCAUCAUUUGGCUCAGAGACAAUUGGCCGAAACUAAUUGAUACCGUCCGAACGCUGGCUACCAAAUACGGUCAAGAACGGAAGGAAAAUAUAAUCGGAACGAUAUCGGCAAUUGAAGCACGUGAAGCACUCAGGCUACACAAAGGGAACGUCUGGCAUUCGGUGACGGAAUGCAUUGAACAGCGUCAGAAAAAGUUCAACGACAUAAUAUCCCGCGGUAACUAUUCUAGGGAAGACAUUGUUACAGCAUUGACAGCACAUAAGGGAAAUUUGGACCUGGCAUUGGUGGAAUUGGGGAAAACUCAACUAAAACCAUUUUUGAUGCGCAUUUGGGGACCGCCAUCUGGAGUCGAUAAUGAUAGUGGAAAUGUGUUGGGAGCAGAAAGUGCUAGCGGACGUUUUUCUCAAGAACUAUCGUCGUCCGUACAGAGAUUCAUCGAAGCGAAUGCAUCAAUAACGGAAAAGUCCACCUACGAUUUACGAGCGCCAAGUUCUCUAUCCACGUUCAGCUCCUCUUCCACGCGAAGUGAAAACAAAGAAAACCUUUUCACUGACGACCGCUCCGCAACCGAGUCGAACAACUCGAAUAUGUUGCGAGACAUUGAAACUCUCAUUGGAAAUAUGGAGCAGACACAAGCUAAGCAAAAUGAGAAUAUGUUGAAAAACAUAGAGACUAUGCUUGGUCCGUUGCUCGUAAAACAAUCGCGACCGCAGUCAAGCAAUUCGGAUUUCUCUGCAAACAGCUACGAGCGGAUCUAUGUUAAAAGUCCGAUCCCGAUCAAAGGCACAGUAGCUGCACAGCAGAAUGAUUUCAAUGUGGAAAAUGAUGUUCGCAAUUUUAUGGAAAAACAUAUUCAAGAAGUAAAUCCAGAUGUGGUGGAACAGGUUGAACGGGACCUUAUCAAUACCAUUGAUCAGAGUCAUGACGCCAUGGAUAUGAUGACCAAUAUGCAAGAAUUGAUCGAUGAAGCUGACUUAAGCGAAUUCGAAGAAAUGGAAGCAGGUCCAGAUUUCAAUGAUGCCGAGAGCGAGGAAAUUCUAUCGAUUAACGAAUUUUUGAAAAAUCAAAUUGGAAGCAAUUUCGGAAGUGUUUUGGAGCCGGCAGACCAUCUGCAGAUACUUGUUGACUCUGAACAAACCAUUGUCGACCACAUUGAGGAAGAAGUGGAACAAAUUAACCAACAAGAGGCAGCACUUCCAGCUGGAUCAAAAAGGGCAGUUCAAAACGCUGAUUUGAUUUCACAGGAAGAGGAAAAGACUAUAAGGGAGAGAGUAGUUGACCAUCCGAAGACAAUACUUACAACUGGAUCAAAAAGGGCAGUUCAAAACGCUGAUUUGAUUUCACAGGACGAAGGAAAUAAAAUAAGGGAGAGAGUAGUUGAUCAUCUAAAGACAGUACUUCCAGCUGGAUCAAAUAGCACAGCUCAAAAUGUUGAUUUCAUGUCGCAAAAAGUGACUGAUCAGCCAGAGACAAUACUCUCGAAUCAAUCUACUAGCACAGCUCAAAGCGUGGAUUUGAUUGUGCAGCAAGAAAAAAGCAGUCCAAAGCCUAAAGUAGCCAAGAAACAUCAAAUAACUUCAAAGAAAUCGUCCGACAAUGACAAACAACAAAAAAUUCCGAAAACUGAUACUAAACUGGAAUCUACUGAUUUAACAGUAAGAAAUAGCCACUUAAAGAACGACGUUCGUGGAUCAUCAAACGCUGGCGAAGCGCAGCCAUCACUGACUCUCGACAUAAGUAACAAAGAUGUUACCGAUUCUGCAGGCAAAAGUAAGAAAGUAGCAUCUAAACCAGACGUUGUAUCUGUGAAGCCUGUUAAAUUAAUACGAAAUGAAACAAAAUCUAAAUUUACCGCCCAACCAUCAAAGGUUGCAACGGGAGCAAUUUCUCGCCAGAAAGUGGUUUCAAACGACAAUGAGGUGACUGUUGCUGAUAUUAAACGGCCUCCCCAGACAGUUAGCUCUGUUCAAAACGACACACCAACAGUGGUUGUUUCUACAGAGCAAAUAUUAACCACCGAAAACACUGAAGUAGCAAGUGUAGUUGAACAAAAAGUAGCAGAAUCAAAUAAUGAAGCUUCAGGCACCGUUCAUGAUAUUACUCUUACGGAUCUAAAACUGCCACCUAAGACAGUUCGUUCAGUUAGAAACGACACACCAACUGUAGUUGUUUCUACGGAGCAACUAUUAACCACCCAAAGCACUGAAGUAACAGGUGAAGCUCAACAGAAAGUGGUCGAAUCAAAUAAUGAAGCAUCAGGCAGAGAUAUAUCUUCAAAGACUGUAACAUCACCAGAAGCUGGUGAUAUUCAAGAAGCAGGCAGCUCAAAAUCUGUAUCACAACCCACAUCCACGAUGAGUGAGCCAGAGGUUUUAUUGUCAUCAUCUCAACUAGCGGCAUCUUUAAAACAAACACAAUCACCAAAACAAGUGAGAAAUGAGGCAAAAACUACUAAGAAAGUUCCAGCAUCAAAGGCUGCAAAAGCAUCAUCUAAAACAAAAAAGGUGUCACACAAAAGACUAGCGAAACAUCCAGUUCCGAAUAUUUUAAUCGAAACUGAGCCAGCGAUCCAAGGGACAACCAAUGAUAUAAUUCUUCUGAAUCAAAGCGAUGUCGAACAAUCGCGAACAGCACCAAUAGCAAUCAAUGAAGCGCCAAAUUUAUUCAAUGAAGUCCAAUCCAACGAUGGACAUCGGGAAAUAUCAGAGCAAAUUGUUAAGGAUGAAAAUGAUAACCAAAUGAACACUACCAGGGAAAUCGCAGAAGAAGAACCCAACGGUGCUCAACGAGAAGAAAUAAUUGAAGAACCUGAUCAAACUGGGGAUGAUCAGAUCAAUGAUAUACUUCUUGGCGAACGAGAAGUUGAGCCUGUCAUUUCCGAAAAUGUUUCCUAUUUUGAGGAAAAUGAUGGAUCAUCGUGGCAAGAAGAGAUUCCUGACGUACGGGUCACUGAUGGAGUGAAUCACGGUCACGAACGAGAAGUUGAGCAUGUCAUUUCCGAAAACGCUACUCAUUUUGAGGAAAAUUAUGAAUCAUCGGCACAUGAGGAGAUUCAGCACGAACAGGUCGAUAGAGUAGUGAGUCACGAUGCAGAAGAUGAUCACGAAGGAGAAGAUGAUCUCGAAGGAGAAGAUGAUCUCGAAGGAGAAGCUGAUCUCGAAGGAGAAGAUGAUCUUAACGGAGAAGAUGAUCUCGAAGGAGAAGAUGAUCUCGAAGGAGAAGAUGAUCUCGAAGGAGAAUAUGAUAGCGAAGGAGGAGAUGAACACGUGAUACCAGUAACUCGAUCGACAAUUGUCCACAAGAAAAACAGACAGACUCUAAAUCGAGAGAAGCGAGAAAUUGCAGACGAGACUGAAGAUAUAGAAUCGAAACCUCCACAGCAAAACCUUUCUGAUUUGGUUUAUGACACGAAACGUUUGAUUCAGCAAAUGAAAGACGAAAUCAAUUCGGACAUUGCUUCAUUCGUCUCCGAUCAAGAGUAUUCUGAUUAUAGUAACACAGAAUCGCAAAGUUGGACCGAAGAAGAAUUUUCAGGAGGAGAAGAGGAAGGAGAAUACGAAGAAGAAGAGGAAGGCGAUGAGGGCGAUUACGAUGAAUAUGAUACUGAAGAGGAUGACUACGCCGACGAUAAAAGUGAUUCUGAAGCUAAACAGACUAUAUCGGGCGAAUCUGACGAUGAAUCAGUUUUUUAUGAAAACGAGGACGACAAUUCUAUUGAAGUCAGACAUCUCACGCCAGCAAUUCGAAGUAGUCAAAGUGUAGAUAGUGAACAGUUUGUUGAAGCCCAGGAACACCUCGAAUUCCAAAAUAUCGCUGACGACAUGAACAAUGAAUUCGAAGCUCUAUUGCCACCACCUGCGUUUAGUGAUGAAGUAGGUGAUGGUGAACCGAUAACCGACGCUAUUCAGUCAGAAUAUAGAGAAGAACUGCAAACUAUUCCCAACGACGCGAACCUACCACCUGAGAAACUGCAGCAAAAUUCUGUUGAAAUACAGAGCGACGAGGAAACGGAUGCUUCUGAACAAAGUCAUGGAAGCUCAGCAGAGUCGGACUCGGAAGGUGAUGUUGUGAACGUAGAAUUUGAAAGCAUUAAACGAAACUCUAUCGAUCUGCAAGAAAGUGCUGUAUUUAUACAGCAACAAUUGAAUAAGACAACCACAGUUGUCGUUGAGAAAAGCUCGACUGAGCUUCGAGAUGAUGUUAGUCCUGUAGUUGAAAUUCCAAAUGUCGAAGGUCCUCCCAAUUCGGAAGAAAUAUUCAAUACAUCCUUAGACACGCAAGUGAGUCCUGGAGAAGAGCCGAUUAAUAACAAUGUAUCGAUUGAAGAUGCAACACCGCAAUCACCGUCAUAUCAGGAAUACAGUAAAAAUGAGAGAAAAGAAGAACACGAAGAAGAUGAAGAUGAAUCUGAAGAAGAUGAGGAGGAGGAAGAAGAGGAAGAGGUAGAAGAAUUGGAAGUGGUAGAAGAAAUGGAAGUGGUAGAAGAAGUGGAAGUGGUAGAAGAAGUGGUGGAAGAGGUAGAAGAAGAAUCUGAAAACCGAACUGAGUCUUUAUCUCAAAACUUAUCACAAAAUCCUCUCAAGAACGAGCAGGUAGAGGCAGUAAUUACAAGUAAAACAGGCACAGUUACACAGAACGUAACAGAGAGAGAAGUCUCUUCAGAAGUGGUGGUUCCAAGUAAUGAAGAUGUCACCUUUUCCACCGACAUUCAUACUGAAGUUGAAACAGUUAUUCCAAACCUCGAUGACCACACAUCACACGAAAUUACUUCCGCCGAGGAAACGAUAGCUACUGAAACAGCAACACAUACAACAACAGUGCAAGCCAAACUGACAGAAUCUCAUACUAAAGCAGUAACCACGUCUGGAAAAGCUAGUACGUCUUCAGAAGCUCGUGAUAAUCAACAAGCCGGCAGUUCAAAAUCUUUAGUGAGUGCAAUAUCAUCGAAGAGAUCGGAGAAAAUGGUGCAUGCUUCCCAGCCGACAACUUCGAUGCAAACACAAUUACCAAAACAGGUGAAAAGUGCUACGAAAACUACAAAGAAAAUUCCCGUUCGAAAGACAUCCUUAGCCCUAUCUGGCCCAUUUGGUGCAAUACGAACGACCAACGUUCGUGCCAUGCAACAAGAGUUGCUAAACAAGACCACCGAAAAGCCUAUUCCCACAAAACCAUCCAAAAUUGUACCACCUAAAGUUUACACCAAGGCCAGCAUAACAUCGCUAACCGAGCGCAUUACGAAGUUCAUAAAACCAUUUUCUAACGCAAGUACCAGUAAAGAACCAGUAGCUGUGGUCAAAAAUGUAAUUCCGAAAAAGAAAUACCACGAAACGUGCUUCAGCGAUGACAAUCCUACGUCUGAUGAAGAAUCUCCGCCGAUACGACGACAGGUUCCGAUACGUCAACAGAGUAUGCCUAACAUAAUGGCGACUGAACUAUCUGAAGAAGAAGAGACGCCAGAAAGAAUAGCCCGUCGUCUUUUAGCUGAAGGAAAAGUUGCAAAUUUCGUGGAAGCUCAACUUGCGGUAGCACUAAUCGAACAGAAGUUCAAUACAGAGCAUGCGAUCUGGGCUGCUCAUGAAUGUAGUUCUAUGGAGCAAGCACUAGCGUUGCUGCAACAAGAGUGCGAACUUUGUACAGGAAUCUAUCCGAUGAAUCAGAUCGUUACCAUGCUGAAAUGUACUCACAGCUGUUGCCAGGAAUGUGCUAGGAAUUACUUUACAAUUCAGAUAACCGAUCGAAGUAUUACUGAUUGUGUCUGCCCGUUCUGUAAAAUGCCUGAGUUAAAUGAUCCAGAAACCACAGAGGAUGAUGUUCUGGAAUUUUUCUCCAAUUUGGACAUUUUGUUGAAGAAUAUAUUGGAAGAGACGGUUCAUGAAUUGUUUCAACGGAAGCUUCGUGACCGUACCUUGAUGCAAGACCCGAAUUUCAAAUGGUGUGUUCAGUGUUCAUCCGGCUUCUUUGCAAGACCUCGACAAAAAAGACUGAUCUGUCCCGAUUGCGGUUCAGUGACCUGUGCACUUUGCCGGAAAACAUGGGAAAAACAACACGAGGGAAUCACUUGCGAAAAAUUCGCCGAAUGGCAGGAGGCUAACGAUCCCGAGCAUCAAGCGGAAGGAGUUCAAUUGCAUCUACAGCAAAAUGGAAUCGAUUGUCCGAAGUGCAAAUUUAAAUAUUCACUGGCGAGAGGUGGCUGCAUGCACUUCACGUGCACUCAGUGUAAAUACGAAUUUUGUUACGGCUGUGGUAAGCCUUUCCUGAUGGGCGCCAAAUGCGGUUUGUCUGAGUAUUGUGCAAAGCUGGGUCUGCAUUCACAUCACCCGAGAAAUUGUCUCUUCUAUUUGAGGGACAAAGAACCACGAGACCUUCAAAGACUGCUCAGAUUGAACAAGGUGGAAUAUAAAACAGCACCUGAUGAUGCUUUGACUGAAGAUUCUGGAGAUGGUGCGAAAGCAAUUGCAAAAUGUCCUGUUCCCAUUCAAAAAGAGACUCCCACUGGUUUGGUGGAUACAAUUUGCAAGAAUGAUGUGCCCGCCGAGCAUGCUGGAAUGUGUCGCAAUCACUAUAUCGAAUAUCUUUGCAAAAAAAUCACCGACCAUCGAAUAGACCCGAUAUCCGUGUUGUCGACGGAUGAUUUAGAAAUUUUAGUGCGUAGGGCAGCUAUACGCUUGCCACCUCGACCCUAUGGCAUCAUUGAAUCAUUUUUUCGUACCGAACUGUACAAGAUUGUUGAGAAACAGAUACCACUGGAUUAGAUUCACUUCCACGACGGUGCCGUGAAUCCAACGUGUUAAUUUAAAAUAAAAACAUUUUUGGUUUGAUAUCACAAA